UGAUGUACAACAAGCAUAAUAUUUGCGAGGUGAACAGUAAACUUUAUAAUAGCAUAAAACAAAAGGGUGUUCUAACUUUCCAGUAAUUCCACGUUAGUGAAACUUAAUAUUUUUUAAUAAUGGUUCCACCACCAACUGGAAUAUACGGGCAAAAACCAUCAUGUUAUGACAAAAUAUCAAAUUCUUUCAUAAUGGGAGCUACAAUUGGUAUUACUAUAGGAAUGUUAUUCGGUGGUCUUAGCGCCUUUAGGUCUGGAUUUAGAGGAACAGAACUUGUCGGAAAAAUGGGUAUUACAAUGAUGCAAAGUGGUGGAACUUUUGGAACUUUUAUGGGAGUUGGAGCAGCUAUAAGAUGUUAAUUUUUUUAUAUGACUGAAUAAUUUAUAAAUAGUAAUAAUUCAUUUAUUAUAAACUCGCAAAGAACAUUUUUUAGAUUUAAAUAAAAAAAUAUAUGAAUAUUUAA